AGGGUUUGCCAGGCGAAGGCGGAGCGCUAACGUCUAACGCUAACGGCGGUCGUGCCCCGCCGCUGCUGUCACCCCUGGCCGCUGCUGUCCCCGCCUCUCCCCCCGGCCCCCGCCAGCCACCUACGUUCUACUGCUCUCCUUCUUGAGAAGAAGGGUGGGAAGCACUGGAUCUCUCCCCACACCUCUCGCCUGAGGCCAGGCGCCAGGUGUCGCCUGAAGCCAGACAGCCGGUUUGGGAGCGAGCCUGAGGGCAAGGGGAGGCAAGGAGAUCUUCAAGAGAAUGUGACUGUGGGGGAUUAAGGCUUUCUGGCCAAUUUGUGUGCGUAUUUUGUACCCAGAAUACUGUUAUACGGUUUCUUACCCGGAGGACAGUGGUUGGGAGACUCAAGAGUCUGGAAUCAGAGCCCUCCACGGAGGAGCCACACCUCUGCUUUUUCAUCAGCAACAGGGAUAUAAAAAUACCUUUGGGGAAUUGUCAUGUGGACCAAUGGGCAUACCUAGCACUUCAUAGACUCCUAUCACGCAUUAUUUUAUACCUAGCACUUCAUAGACUCCUAUCACGCAUUAUUUUAUACCUAGCACUUCAUAGACUCCUAUCACGCAUUAUUUUAUACCUAGCACUUCAUAGACUCCUAUCACGCAUUAUUUUAUACCUAGCACUUCAUAGACUCCUGUCACACAUUAUUUUAUACCUAGCACUUCGUAGGCUCCUAUCACGCAUUAUUUUAUACCUAGCACUUCAUAGACUGCUAUCACGCGUUCAUUUUUACUAGUAUCUAUUGAACACUAAGUUCCAGGCACUGGGCUAGGCAUUGGGAUGGUAUGGUGAGCAAAAACUGACCAGUCCUGCCGUGGAGUUUGCUGGGGGAGGCACAUGUUACUCAAAGAAUCAUACCAACGAUAGGUAAGUGAUGCUCUGAAAGGGUAUGUACAAUGGAACUGACAGGGUAAUCAGGGAAGGCUGAGCAGACCUCCAAAGGAAGAAUUAACUUGUUAAGAGGAGGAGAAUGCAUUCCAAACAAGAGUAACCACAUCCCAAACUCACCACCUCCAAUUCCAAACCCAAACAGGGAUGUGCAGUUGUCUGUGCUUGGUUCCAAGCUGCUCAUAGAAACCCUCUGAGAUUCUGGCCUGGAGCCUUUCAUUCAUGUAAUGGAGACUUUCAUUUAUGAAACGGAAGCCCUGUUUAGCCCAUACCGAUAAAACCAAGUGAGAGAUUCCAGAAACAAGACUAUAUAGUCUAUUUUAAGACCUACAUUCUUCAGCACUUGGCAGGUAUAUAUUGGGCUGCCAUUUCACAUUGGGAGGCAUGUUUUGUUUGCUUUUUUGUGUUUUUAAAAAAAUUCCUUUUUUCCUCUGUACAGAUUUAGUGAUUAUAUUACUGUUAAAACUUUUCUAAUACUUUGCAAAGUCUAAAAUUAAUCAUUAUUUUAUCAUCCUUUUCCUCCAAAUAAAAGAAUAUAAAUAAAGUAAAAGGUCAUGAAGUCCCACCAACCUAAGACCACUUUAGUUUCUUGUCUUGGGAUUUCCGAGCCAUGCUGGUGUUGGUAUAAAUUGAAAACUUAGAACUAGUCUGUGGCUACAAACUCCUGGGGGACUGUUUCUCUCCUGACUAGAAGCAGCAAUGGAGACAGGUUUCUUUGUUGCUUACCCCUGCCUGUAGGCGGAUAUUUUCAGCCACAACUUUUCAGGCUGAGGGUGUAGUCCCUGGGCGGGUCUCAAGUUUAGGUCAGAAGGGGAGUCCUUUAGUCCAGACAUUUGCCUUUUGUGAGCCCAAUCCUUGGUCUCUACCCACCCUGCCUGGCCAUUUAUCUCAAAGCUUCAAGUUCCUGCCAUCUACAUUUGCCCAGGUCAACCAAUCAAUGGCUCAGACAGAUAAGCCAACAUGCGUCCCGCCGGAGCUGCCGAAAAUGCUGAAGGAGUUUGCCAAAGCCGCCAUUCGGGCGCAGCCGCAGGACCUCAUCCAGUGGGGGGCCGAGUUGCUGGCAGACUGAUCAUCCAUGCAGAGGAGCUGGCCCAGAUGUGGAAAGUGGUGAAUCUCCCAACAGAUCUGUUUAAUAGUGUGAUGAAUGUGGGUCGCUUCACGGAGGAGAUCGAGUGGCUGAAGUUUUUAGCCCUUGCUUGCAGCGCUCUGGGAGUUACUAUUACCAAAACUCUCAAGAUAGUGUGUGAGGUCUUAUCAUGUGACCAUAAUGGUGGGUUGCCCCGGAUCCCGUUCAGCACCUUCCAGUUUCUCUACACGUAUAUUGCCGAAGUGGAUGGGGAGAUCUGUGCAUCGCACGUCAGCAGGAUGCUAAACUACAUUGAACAGGAAGUAAUUGGUCCUGAUGGUUUAAUCACGGUGAAUGACUUUACCCAAAACCCCAUGGUUUGGCUGGAGUAACAGCACAAUUUUGGCAAUUUUAAAGGAAGAUACAGAGAUGACUGUACUUCAGAAUGACUGAAACCCAUAUACCACCCAAAAUCAAGUUUCUUGUACAACUGGUACACACUAAUAAACAAACAAACAUGUGAGAUCAGAAA